CUCAAGCACCACGGGUCUUCCGGGACCAUUUUCGCGCCGCUGCUGCGAAGGCUGAGAAAUCAAUGCCGCAUCCGGGCGAUGCCGAGGCGGGCGGUGUGCAGAUCUCCGUGGAGGAGAUCGACCCGGGCAUGCCAGCGCACAAGGCCUCUCACGUGACGCACUCCUCUUCUGCCAAGGGGGGUUCGUCAAUGGCCCUGCAAGCGGCGGCCAACAAGAACGCCAAGUUCAAGAAGGAGUUGCGCGAUGCGUUCCUGAAGGACUCAAGCGCGAUCCAAGAAACAGAGGAUGAGACCUGCGAACGCCCGGAGAAGUUCAAGAGGGCGAAGGAGUUCAUGAAGAAGACAGCCUGUACGGAUGAAAAUGACGACUGGCUGACUCUCCGGACCACGCCCAAAGAGCUAGGUCAGUAUGGAGUCGGUGUUCAGCUCUACUUCGAAUACCUGGCAGACAUGGGCCUACUUUUCGUCGUCUUGUUCCUCCUGACGUUGCCAUUGCUGUACUUCUCUCUGGGAGGAACCGUCCUGAACGACUUCCCAGAGCUUUCCGGGCAGAGCUUUGCCUACAAGCUCAUGGCCGCAUUCUCCCCGGCCAACUUGGGGACCUGUGGUGAAGGAGCUGAGGACUGCCUGACCGACCAAGCGCUGACCGAACGUAAGGUGUUUCCGGGUUCGGAACAAAAGGUCCGCGAUGUCACUCCGGCGCUUGGCAUUCUCGACUUUGUGCAGAUGCUGCUGGGGCUGGGCUUCAUUUUUUGGUUCCGCAUCUACAAGAUCCCCCGAGCAGUGCGGAUCCAGGAUGAGGCCAACGUCACUGCCAGCGACUUCGGGAUCAGAGUCUCGGGCUUGCCAAGGAAGCUUGACAAGGAUCACGAGAAGUAUGAAGACUAUCUGCAAAUGCACUUCGAAAGGAUCCUGGCGACGGAGUGUAGCGUCAAGGACGCAACUGGACAAGUGGCAGAAGUGGCACUUAUCCGCGAGUACGACGGGUGCAUUUCGAAGUUCUUGCAGCAAGGAAACCUGCUGGAGGAAAUGCAUGAAGCUGGCGUGGCAUCCAGGCUGGCGAAGAAGAAUGGCAAGGACAAAGAUGCAGAGAAGCAUGACAAGAAACGGACCAAGCUGAAGGGGAAGAUCCUUUCCCUCGAGGCCGAGAUGGAGCACCAAGCAGACAUGAAGGACGAAGACCGUGAGGUGUGUGGAGCCUUCGUCAUGUUUGAGACGGAACAACAAAAAGACGCCAUUCUCAAUGUGUACAAGCCCUUCAACAACAGCUACAUGGCGCGCCUUGUCCAGCCCAAGUACUUGCGCUUCAGAGACUGGCGCUUGCACGUCAUAGAGACCUGCGAGCCUGAAGAGUUGUACUGGGAGAACAUGGACUACAGCUGGGUGCUGCACAAAGCCAGGAAGUUCAUGACCCUUACGGUCUCCUUCUUGAUCGUGGUGCUCUGUAUCUUCAUUUUGACCUUCCUUAGGUCAUCGCAGUCGGCUGUGGACACCAGCUCUCGGCCGCACGACCUGUGGCUCUUCGAGUUGGCGGAAAGGGCCCGCGGUGUGGACAGCGGUCCUCCCGGCCCAUCGCCAUGCAUGGAGUUUUGCCAGCUCGACCUCUACUUCGAUGACAGAUGCCAUGAUCCUCCCCGCACUGGGAGACAGAGGAGUACAUGCAGACCAUUUAUGACACCGCGCAGAUUUGGACCGCGGGCUCACCAUUUACUCCGCACUUGUUGCAGGACGACACGAAAGACUGCAGCGCCAACGCUCCCCCGGCAAGCGUGUACCGGUCCCCUUCCUGCACUCAGAAUGUCUCGGCGCCCUUGAUCUACCGGUUCCAGCAAUCGAAAGGCGUGAAGUGCUUGCGGGUGGCUGCAAAGGGCGACCAGGGCGAAGGCCCUCCAAAGCCCAUGAGGAUCUAUGCGUGCAACUCUUCGUCACUGGUGGUGAACAGCAGCGGCUACUUCGACACCAAUGGCGACGUUUGGUCCAAGGAUACGUAUUGCCUCCGCUUCGACGAUGCAAUCCUCCAGGGCUACAACUUCCCGCAGCCUGUGAAGAUGCGCAGCGACUGCCUUUUCCCCGUGACCCUGGAGGCGGCGCAGCUGGCAGUGGCGCAGGGCGAGAGUUUCUCCAACUCACAGAGGAUCGAGUGCUUUUGCGCUCAGCAGACCGCACUGGAGCCGUUCCUCCGGAUCCCAGGCUAUCUGGACACGCCGCAAGCGAAGGUCUGUGAGGAGUGGGCCUGGUUUCAGGGCACGCAGAUGGGUGUCCGCGCGGGCGGGGUGAUUGCGGUGAUGGUCAUCAACAACGUCCUGUUGAUCAUUUUUGCGUACUUCGACAGCCUUGGGCGGUACCAAACUGCCACGGACCUGGCGGCGAGUCAAGUGUUCAACCUCUUCUUCGCCACGCUGGUGAACACUGCGGUGGUCUACCUCCUGAUUGGUAUGAACGUCUACACCUCAGACAACUCCUUCUUCGGCGCGUUGAAAUUUGGACAGGGGCCUUUCGACGACCUUACGCCUCUCUGGUUUGUGACCAUCGGCAACAUGUUGGUGAUCACCAUCCUUUGUCAGAUCGCGUGCUCCGUGGCGCUGCCGGUGCUUUGGGUUUGGACUGUCGACCCCCUCAUCAGAUGGUUCUUCUGCAAAGACACGCAUUCCCAAGAGCUGCUGAACGAGUACCACCUCCUGCCAGAGUGGACGUUGUCCCUGCGAGUGGCGGAGACGCUGGUUGUAGUCUUUUGCGUCUUCAUGUACUCCUCUGGCUUCCCGGUUCUCUACUUGUGCGGGGCGCUGUAUUGCCUAUUCGCAUAUUGGGCCGACAAGUAUGCCCUUCUGCGCGGGUCCAGGAAGCCUCCCGGGUACACCAAGAGUGCGAUUGAAAGUGCCGUGGCGAUGAUGCCCUUCGCGGUGCUCCUGCAUUUGGUCUUCGGUCUGUGGCUCUUUGGCAGCCAGGAGCUAAUGCCCAGCGAGUGGGGUGGCCUGCGCGUCUUUAUGACUGGCUUGGUGGGGAUGGCUACGGACUUCUACGAGGAAGUGAGGUCGAUCAUCUCCAAGGGAGGCUUCGAUGUGCGGGGGGCCAACUACAGCACAUACAUCCAGGCGCGGAUGGUGGACUGCGCGCGGGCGGCGGCGGAGCCUUCGAUGUGGCUGUUUUGCGGCAUGGUGAUUUGGUAUGGGUUGCUGCUCCUGCACUGGAUCUUCAGGCCAUGCAUCGGCAACUGCGUCGGGGAUUUGACUGAGAAGAUUCUCAAGGGCCUGAAGAUCCACAGAGACGCGGAGGUCACGAAGAUCACUCUCUCCCAAGCCAAGGAGAGGGAAGAUCUGAAGGGCUUGCUGUCAUACAGGCUUUCGGCCAAUCCCAACUAUGAGGAGGCGAUGAUGGCGUUGAAGUUUCACCCAGAGGGGCCCGCAGAGGAGGGACAAGUGGGAAAGAGGCUGUCUGGUACUAAGCGGAGCCUGAGCAAGCUUGAGGAGAGCCUGGAAAGAACCGUGGCGCAAAAAGUUCAUGAAGCAGAGAACUUUGUGGCGCACGCCAUUGACAAGUCUUUGGCCGCGGCCACACGGCGCCAGUGGAUGAGGGCAACGAGAGCCCUGCUGCCCCAGGGCAAAAUGAGCGGGUUAUGAUCUGAAGCGAAGCACGCGAGGAGUGGUGACCUGGUUUCUCAAGUGCCAGUCAGAUCCCAAGGCUCACGGCCACGUAGGUGGCCAUGUUGGGCAGAUCAAACUCCUCACUCUGCAAGAGUCACGUGGAGAUGCUUGCUAUCUGCAAGUUUUCCAAAAACUGCUGCCAGCAAAGAUGGCACGCAAAUUCGCUGACCCGGACGGUCAUUUUUCACUUGCAAACUUGCAUUUCGAAGGAAAGCUUACUGUGAACUGACAGGGGCAACAUGCUCCUGACCUCGUGUUUUUUUUCUUGGGCAACCGACCACUGACUGGUCGCCGAGACGGAUCCCAAUUGCUACCUUAUACU